AUGAACAAGAAGAAACGUAAACAAGUAUCAGCGUCGAAGGAGUUGUCUUCGACGUUGAUGCAAAUGGCCAAUUGGCUGAGGUACAAGAAGGGUUGGAAUCCUGACGCUGCUACGCGGCAGGCUUGGCUGUGCCAGCACGCGCUGGAGGCGCUGGGCGAAGGCGUAGUGAUGUUGCAGUACUUGAAGUUGGACGGCACGCGACGCAUUGCCCACGGCACGUUGUGCAAGGGCAUUUCCGAGGCGUACGACCGCUAUGAGUACAAGGGCAAGAGUGGCGUGAAAAAGACCGAAGAGGGGUAUUUCACUUUCUACUAUUGGGACUUGGACGAAGAGGGCUUCCGCUCGUUCAAUGCUGCAAGACUGGAUGAUUAUCUGGUCACACAGAAAGAAGAUUUUAAUAAGGUCACACAGAUUGCAACGCCACACUUCGAUCUUCAGUCGAAGAAAUCACAGAAAGCACAGAAAGAUUUAUGA